UAUUGGAGUUCAUAUCUUCACCAUUUAAAGCAAAAACUUGUAUUUGGAGCAGUAGGAAUCAAGAUGGCAAGCUCGACAACUCCGUCGUUCACUCCUCCAAAACGAUCAAUGUGGUCACCCCUUGACUCGACCGGUGACCAACAUAGGGACGGACGAAGGGCGAUCCGCGGCUCCCUGUUCCAGUACAACAGUCGGCUCGAGUACCACUUCAUUACGACGGCACCGCUGGGCGACACUUCGCCCGACUCUGAUUCUGAAGGGAGCGACACUGUGCUCCCAGAAGUGGAGCGCCAUAGUGGCGGUGUGAUGGUGUACUUCCGGAAGGACUAUCAUACCGGUUUCCAAAAGACUGAGGAUCUGAGGCCCGGUGCCCUGGCCGACUUCUCAGCUUUGCUCGAAGCCAUUGAGUAUGUCUUGAAAUCCUUAAUCCAUGAAAGUGAAAGCCAAGCUCCCAAAGGUUCAAGCGUUAGCCUCUCCUUCUGGUCAAAGAGGAGAGAAAUCAAUCCGAUCCACUACCCAUGGGAAACCUUCACCUCAGCACUGAUGAAGGUCGAAGCCACUGUUGUGGAUCCCACUUUUCGACAGACUUAGGAUCUAGAUCGGUUGAAAUAGGAAGUGGGAACGGUGACAUUGCUAGUUUGAUUUUUUAGUGGAAAUUUGGAACUAGGAAGUUGGUGAAGCUUGGAUAUGGAUAUCAAUGAUGGUUGGAUUUUGUUUCUGUUGACUCCUCUGUUUAGAUGUGAUAGGCAAUCAACCUGAAAUUGUUUUCGGAUAAUGGAUUGGUAAUAUCAAUGUUCAGUGUUAUCAUCUAUUUGCAACUUUGCAUUCCCUUUCUUUCUUCUUGG